AACUCGCAUGAAAAAACAUAAUGAGUAAGGAUUCAAACCUCAAAGAUAUUAGAGAGGAAUUUGAUUUGUUUGUAUGAAAAGCAACUAUAAGUGUGAGAAGGCAAUGGAGUUCAGAUUUGGAUCAUUUUGGUAUAUGCUUUUUUCUUGCAAAGUGAUGGGUUAUUUGAUGAGAAGCUUAAGAUCAUACUUUAGGGUUUCCCACGACAACUCAUAACCAAUCAUCUUUCACGAAUUGGUCGAGAUAUCAAAGUAAGGAGUUGUCUUUGAUCUUGGGGACUAAAAUUUACAAGUUUGGAAUUAGGAUACUCUAAAAACUAGUUGAUGGUUUAUUAGGAGCAGAUAAUCAAUCCACUUAGCAGAUAUAGUUAUAUGCCUUCAUUUUUACUAAUUAAAUUUAAUUUCUUAAGAAUAUUAAUCUAUCUUUAUAUUUUGAAAAAAUAGCUUGAUUCAAAUUAUCACUGACUUUUGUCAAAAUAACCGUACUUUGUCAUUGUCAGUGUUCUUGAACAAUUUGUGAGGAAGAUUCUGAACUUCAAACAUGUUAACUCGUGCAAAAAAGAAAGCAACACGAGUAUGGGACCAAAGUAGCCUUAAACCUCAGUUACAAGGUAUAACAGUUAGGAAUACAUUACUCCUUAGACGGUAAACAUGACAAUCCAAGGGAUGAUUUCAAUUCAUUUAUUCAUGAAUUGAUGGCAGAACAUAAUUUCUGUUUGUAAAUUCAUUGGUUGAUGCAGCUAAGGAAAAAGUACUUAAUUUUCCAUGGACGUGAAAAAUAUUAUAUAAGGAAUGGAGCAUGGUUACUUGAAGAAAGCAUUUCCCUGUUUCAUGGUAAGGCGAAUCCUAUUCGCCAUUUCUCAGCUGAUGAUCUCAACAACAUGAAAGUGGACCGACUGCCUUUUUAUAGACAGGGUUUCUACAACUUGCACCUCGGCUCUUGGGAGGGAAUGGUUGUAGUGAUCAAGAAACCUCAUGUAGCUGAUCAUGAUAUGAAAGAACAUUUUUUGCGUGAUAUAGUGGUUGCCACACAAAUGGAUACUCAUAAUAAUGCCCAAAAAAUAUUAGGAUGUUGCCUUGAGACUGAUCAUCCUGUUCUGGUUAAUGAAUGGGUCGCAUAUGGAGAUUUAAGGGAUUCUAUGCCAGCGGGAGAUGGGAACGACCAAAACGAACGAAUAUUAGAGUGGAUGGACCGGCUAAGGAUUGCAUGGGAAAUAUCUCAUGCCGUUGCCUAUCUUCACACUGCUUUUCCAAGGGUCAUCAUCCACAGGAAUUUGACACCUGCGAGUGUGUUUUUGGACCAUGACAACAGUGCGAAAUUAACUGAUUAUUGUGUUUCUGUAUCUAUUCCGGAGGGUGAAGAAUUCGUUGAAACAAUGCAUAUAGCGGGAACUUAUGGCUAUAUGGCACCUGAAUAUGCAAUGCAUAGUAUUGUAACAGAGAGUACUGACGUGUAUUCAUUUGGCAUGCUUUUUCUUAUGCUUGUGACAGGAAAAAAUCCUGUUCACUUCAUCCAGGGAGGAGGGCAACUGUAUGAACAACGUGAUGAAUUAGUUACUUGGGUACAAAAUGGCAUAAGAAACAUGCUCAACAUCAACAUUCAAGAUUAUGCAAUUACUAGAAAUGCACUAGCAACCAUUGAGGACCUCCAACUGAGAGCAUCUACAGAGCUUGCAAUCAGGUGCAUCGCUGCAGAAGGAGAGUGUAGACCAACAAUGGUGGAGGUCGCAACUCAGCUCAAGAACAUGAUUAGGCCCCCCCAGGGUGAGUGCAUAUACAGGAUUUUCCAAGGAAGCAAAGAAAAUUUUAUAGAUAAUGAAGCCAUUGUACUUGAAGAAAGCAUUUCCAUUUUUGGUCACAGAGUAAACCCUGCCCGCUACUUUUCAGUUUAUGAGCUGAACAACAUGAAUGUGGAGUACUGGCAUAAAUGUUGUAAUUUGUAUCAAGGUUCUUGGGAAGGGAGAGCUGUUUUUGUAAAGCUACCAGAAAACGUACUUAAGGUUCCCACAUUUUCUAAUGAGAUCCGAUCAAGGGUUUCGCGUGAAAUUGUAAUUGCUACAGAGAUGACUUCUCAUAAUAAUUUUCAUAAACUAUUAGGAUGUUGUCUUGAGACUAAAUUUCCAGUUCUUGUUUAUGAGUGGAUGCAAACUCUUGAAGAUCGUAUAUUACUCCAAGAUGAGAACCAAAACAAGGUACCUCUAUUAGAGUGGAAGGACAGGCUAAGGAUUGCAUGGGAAAUAUCUGAUGCUGUUUCUUUUCUUCCCUCAUUUAUUCAAUGCCAAAUCAUCGACGAGUAUUUGGAACUUGAUGGUGUUUUCUUGGACCUGGACAACACUGCCAAAUUGUCCAACUUCAACUUUUGUGUUUCCAAUCUAGAGAGUGAAGAAUAUAGAAUGGAGAAGUGCACAGAUGUGUAUUCAUUUGGUGUGCUUUUACUUGUUCUUUUGACUGGAAAAACUACUAACUCUUCGUCUGUUGGUGUUGGAGAAAGUAGCAAGUCAAUUGAUAUAAUUGACUGGGUAACCAAAGAAACCAUGAAGGACCAUACUAAGGAGAUUUUAGAUCCUGUAAUUACUAGAGGAGUGACAGAUAUUGAAUACCAUCAGAUGCGUGCAUGUCUACAGCUCGCACUCUUGUGCACAGCAAGAGAGGUUUACAUGAGACCAACAAUGCUGGAGAUUGAAUCUGAGCUUGAGAACUUGAUUACAUCUCCUGAAUCUAUCCCUACUACCAGCGAUAUUCAGGGAGAACGAGUGCACAAAAUUUUUCAAGGAAGGCAAGAUAAUUUCAUAGAGAACGAAGACAUGGUACUUGAAGAAAGCAUAUCCUUGUUUCAUGGAAGAUUGGAUCCAAUCCGCUACUUCUCAAUUGAUGAGCUCAACAGCAUGAAGUUCUGUUCAAACAAUGUGGAAAUCUGGCAGAAACAUUAUGCUUGGUACCAAGGUUCUUGGGAAGGGAGAGCUGUUUUGGCAAAGUUAUCAAACGGUGUAUUUAUGGAUCAAGUAGAGGCUAAUAAGUUCCUUCAGCACCUUUCGCGUGAAAUUUUGGUUGCUACACAGAUGGCCACUCACAAUAAUGUCCAUAAACUACUAGGGUGUUGCCUCGAGACUAAAUUUCCAGUUAUUGUUUAUGAAUGGAUGGCAGCUGAAACUCUUGAAGAUCGUAUAUUACUUAAAGAUGAGAACCAAAAGAAGCUACCUCUGUUAGAGUGGAAGGAUAGGCUAAGGAUCGCGUGGGAAAUAUCUGAUGUUGUUUCCGAUUUUCACACAGCCCAUAGGCCUAUCAUCCUUACGAACUUGGAACCUGUUAGUGUUUUCUUGGACCAAGACAACACUGCUAAAUUGUCCAACUUCAAUUUUUUCUUUCCUGCUGGUGAAGAAAAUAGAAGAGUGGCAAAGUGUAAAAAUGUGUAUUCCUUUGGCGUGCUUUUUCUGUCUCUCUUGACCGGAAAAUCAAUCGAUUGGAUUACAUUGGAAAUGGAAGGGGUAACGAAAGAAUAUAGAAAGGUCUGCAUUAGUGAGAUUGUAGAUCCUGUACUCACUAAAAAUGGAGUAGCAGCCACUGAACUGAGUGCAGCUAUAGAGCUUGCACUUAGGUGCAUAGAAGAAGAAACAUAUAGAAGGCCAACCAUGGUGGAUGUUGCAAACGAGCUCUAUAACAUGAUCGACUCCUCUGAAUCAUUCGCUACCACCAGCUCUGGUGUCUAAAAUCCAAUGUUACAGGGGCAUAUCUCUCUGCUAUGAAGCUGCCUUGAAUUUUGGUUGAUCAUUAAAGUGUAUGGUUUUAUUUCCUUUUCCUACAUUGCGUAAUGUGAAGCAAGAACUAGAAUCAAGACUAAAUACUUAUAAGAAUAAACUUCGUCAUUGUAACAAUUAACAUUGUCACAUCGCGCUAUUCAAGCUCUAUAUUUCUUUCUUGCCUGACUUUA